AUGAUCUUCAAAUUUAGACUAUUCUUCGUUGUUGUAUUGACAGCCUUGCUGGGGAUCACCUGGUGUCUACGAGCUGCCUCACACGAUCGUCAACCGUAUCUUGGAUCGUCCUACAGAGGUUACAACUCAACUGCCCACCUCCCAGCGACCGAUCACGCUAUUGCAACAUUCCUCACAGGACAAGCAACGGACGACUCAUACUUUACCGCCACACGGAUUCUAACACACCAACUUUUGCACGCAGAGUCGACAAGAUGCAAUUCCAAUGCCACCACCUUCAUCGUACUCUGCUCAGAGAGCGUGCCCAAAGAGCAGAAAGACACCCUGCGUGAAGAUGGCGCCACUGUUGUCGAGGUCCGAGACGUGCCCUUGAACUGGUGGAUACGCUCCGGAGAAGCAAGAUGGAAGGAACAAUUCAACAAGCUGCGCGUCUUCGAAAUGACAGAGUACAAGCGUAUUCUCUUUCUGGACCCCGACACCAUGCUUACAGGGCCUGUCGACCCCAUCUUUGACGAGCCUGAAGUGGUCACGUUGACACCCACGCUGCUUCGCAAAGACCAGGUCAAAUGGGGCGAGUCACAGCUACCUUCUCACUGGCUCUUUGCCGCUCGAUCUGACAACGGUCUCACUGGCCAGCGAGAGCAUCCUACUCCGCCACUACAAACAAAGUCUUUCAACGCAGGGUUCUUCCUGGUUGCACCAGAUAGGCAAAUCUACAAGCAUCUGGUCUCGGUCAUGGCUCUAGUUGGCCGCUUCGACACCUACACCAUGGAGCAGGGUCUGUUGAACUACGUCUUCCGCAGGGAAGGCCUGAUGCCGUGGAGGGAGCUGCACUGGAAGUGGAGCGCGACGUGGCCGAAUGAGCAGGAUCUCGAAAUGGAGGUCGUGGCGUUGCAUGAUCAGUCGUGGAAGACGGGUCCGCAGCAGCUACGGGACAUGUGGAACGCGAGGAAGGGAGAGAUGUUGAACUUCCAUGACAAGAGGAGGCUUGCUGCCGUGUGA